UCGGCCCGGUGCGAGCGGCGCCGCGAUGUGGCUGGGCCCGGAGGAGGUGCUGGUGGCCAACGCGCUGUGGGUGACCGAGCGGGCCAACCCCUUCUUCGUGCUGCAGCGGCGCCGGGGGCACGGCAAGGGCGGCGGCCUCACGGGUCUUCUUGUGGGUACUCUGGAUGUGGUGCUGGACUCCAGUGCCCGUGUGGCCCCUUACCGCAUCCUGCAUCAGACCCAGGACUCACAGGUCUACUGGACAGUGGCGUGCGGUUCUUCUCGCAGAGAAAUCACAAAACACUGGGAAUGGCUGGAAAAUAACUUACUGCAGACACUGUCUAUAUUUGACAAUGAGGAAGAUAUCACCACCUUCGUCAAGGGCAAGAUACAUGGCAUCAUUGCAGAAGAGAACAAGAACUUGCAACCCCAGGGAGAUGAGGACCCUGGGAAAUUCAAGGAGGCCGAGCUCAAGAUGCGCAAACAGUUUGGGAUGCCUGAGGGGGAGAAGCUGGUCAACUACUACUCCUGCAGCUACUGGAAGGGCCGAGUGCCCCGGCAAGGCUGGCUCUAUCUGACCGUCAAUCACCUGUGCUUCUAUUCCUUCCUGCUGGGGAAGGAAGUGAGCCUGGUGGUGCAGUGGGUGGACGUCACACGGCUAGAGAAGAAUGCCACCCUGCUCUUCCCCGAGAGCAUCCGUGUGGACACCCGGGACCAGGAGCUCUUCUUCUCCAUGUUCCUCAACAUCGGUGAGACCUUCAAGCUCAUGGGGCAACUGGCCAACUUGGCCAUGCGGCAGCUGCUGGACAGUGAGGGCUUCCUGGAGGACAAGGCGCUGCCUAGGCCUUCCCGGCCACACAGAAACAUCUCGGCACUGAAGCGAGACCUGGACGCCCGGGCCAAGAAUGAGUGCUACCGGGCCACAUUCCGGCUGCCGAAAGAUGAGCGCCUAGAUGGCCACACAGACUGCACCCUGUGGACCCCCUUCAACAAACUGCACAUCCCUGGCCAGAUGUUCAUCUCUGGCAACUACAUUUGCUUUGCCAGCAAGGAGGAGGAUGCAUGCCACCUCAUCAUACCCCUGCGAGAGGUGACCAUUGUCGAAAAAGCUGAUAGCUCCAGUGUCUUGCCCAGCCCUUUGUCCAUAAGCACCAAGAGCAAAAUGACCUUCCUGUUUGCCAACCUAAAAGACCGUGAUUUUUUGGUUCAGAGGAUCUCUGACUUCCUUCAGAAAACAUCACCCAAGCAGCUGGGCAGCAGCAGUGGGAGCAGGAAAUCUAGCACAGUGGAUUCGGCCCCAGAGUCUUCCCCAGCAUCCCAUGAGGCAUUGGAAGAGCCGGCCAGUUUGUCCUCACCCUUCAGUGGCCGCCAGAUCUCCCAUGCACAGGAGGCACCAACCGCUUCCAAGGGCCUGCUUAAACUCUUCCAGGGCAACACGUACAUGGAGGAGCUGGGAGCCAAGGGGGCCAAGGAGAAGAUGAAAGAGGAGUCAUGGAACAUCCACUUCUUUGAAUACGGGCGCGGCAUGUGCAUGUACCGCACUGCCAAAACGCGGGAGCUGGUGCUGAAGGGCAUUCCUGAGAGCCUCCGCGGGGAACUGUGGCUCCUCUUCUCAGGGGCCUGGAAUGAGAUGGUGACCCAUCCCAGCUACUAUGCUAAUCUGGUAGAGAAGUCCAUGGGGAAGUACAGCCUGGCCACAGAGGAGAUCGAGCGAGACCUCCACCGCUCCAUGCCCGAGCACCCUGCCUUCCAGAAUGAGCUGGGGAUUGCUGCACUCCGGCGGGUGCUGACUGCCUAUGCUUUCCGAAACCCCACCAUUGGCUACUGCCAGGCCAUGAACAUCGUCACCUCAGUGCUCCUGCUCUAUGGCAGCGAGGAGGAGGCCUUCUGGCUGCUGGUGGCUCUCUGCGAGCGCAUGCUGCCUGACUACUACAAUACCAGGGUGGUAGGGGCCCUGGUGGACCAAGGCAUCUUUGAAGAGCUUACAAGGGACUUUCUACCCCAGCUCUCUGAGAAGAUGCAGGACCUGGGGGUCAUCUCCAGCAUCUCACUUUCCUGGUUCCUGACCCUAUUCCUCAGCGUCAUGCCCUUUGAGAGUGCCGUGGUCAUCGUUGACUGCUUCUUCUAUGAGGGCAUCAAGGUGAUCCUACAAGUGGCCUUGGCCAUCUUGGAUGCCAACAAGGAGGAGCUGCUGGCCUGUGUGGACGAGGGCGAGGCCAUGACCAUCCUGGGCAGAUACCUGGAUAACGUGGUCAAUAAACAGAGUGUCUCUCCUCCCAUCCCACACCUCCAUGCCCUGCUGACCAGCAGGGAUACCCCCCCUGCAGAAGUGGACAUCUUUGACCUCCUAAAGGUGUCAUACGAGAAAUUUAGCAGCCUACGUGCUGAUGACAUCGAACAGAUGCGGUUUAAACAGAGGCUGAAAGUGAUCCAGUCCUUGGAGGAUACAGCCAAGAGGAGUGUGGUCCGAGCUAUACCUGGAGACAUUGGUUUCUCAAUUGAAGAGCUGGAAGACCUUUACAUGGUGUUUAAGGCCAAGCAUCUGGCAAGUCAGUACUGGGGUAGCAGCCGCCCCACAGCUGGGCGUCGGGACCCCAGCUUGCCCUACCUAGAACAGUACCGCAUAGACGCCAGCCAGUUCCGGGAUCUUUUCGCCAGCCUGACACCUUGGGCCUGUGGCUCCCACACAUCUGUGCUGGCAGGACGAAUGUUCCGGCUCCUGGAUGAAAACAAGGACUCGCUGAUCAACUUCAAAGAGUUCGUGACAGGGAUCAGUGGGCUGUACCAUGGGGACCUGACAGAGAAGCUCAAGGCACUCUACAAGCUACACCUGCCCCCAGCGCUGAGUCCAGAGGAGACUGAGUCUGCCCUGGAAGCCACCCAUUUUUUCACUGAGGACAGCUCCUCAGAAGCAUCUCCCCUGGCCUCAGAUCUGGAUCUUUUCCUGCCUUGGGAGGCUCAAGAAGCACUACGGCAGGAAGAACAAGGUGGAGCUGGCAACGAGGACGUCCGAGACAAAAGAGAAGAGGAAAAGGGGACCAGCCCCCCUGACUAUCGACACUACCUUCGAAUGUGGGCCAAGGAGAAAGAGGUUCAGAAGGAGACAAUCAAGGAUCUUCCCAAGAUGAACCAGGAGCAGUUCAUUGAGCUGUGCAAGACACUGUACAACAUGUUCAGUGAAGACCCCAUGGAGCAGGAGCUGUACCACGCCAUUGCCACGGUGGCCAGCCUGUUGCUCCGCAUCGGCGAGGUGGGGAAGAGGUUUUCGGUACGGCCAGGCAGGAAGCCCAGGAAUGGUGCCCCUGAGGAGGAUGAAGCGCCAACCCCCAACCCCGCUUAUGACCCAGCCCUGGAGCUUCAGCCAUCAGCCGCAGGGGAUCCCCAGGCCAAAGCUGGGGGUGAUACCUACCUUGGGAAGACACCACAGGAAAGCCAGGUGGUGGGUGAAGGGGGCAGCGGCGAGGGGCAGGGAUCCCCCUCCCAGCUUCUGUCUGACGACGAAACCAAAGAUGACAUGUCCAUGUCCUCCUACUCGGUGGUCAGCACAGGCUCUCUGCAGUGCGAGGACCUGGCAGAUGACACAGUGCUGGUGGGUGGGGAGGCUCGCAGUCCUGAGGCCACUGCUCGCUGUGGGGGCACCGUGGACACAGACUGGUGCAUCUCCUUUGAGCAGAUCCUGGCCUCCAUCCUAACGGAGUCCGUGCUGGUGAACUUCUUUGAGAAGAAGGUGGACAUUGGACUCAAGAUCAAGGACCAAAAGAAGGUGGAGAGGCAGUUCAGCGCCUCCAGUGACCACGAGCAGUCAGGGCUUUCAGGCUGAUGCCUCCACUGAAUGGGGACUCGCUUCUCUCUCCUCGCUCCCACCCUUCCUUCCUGUCUCUUUUCUCCCAGUGUCCCCAGAAACAAUGAGCUGUUAAGUGGAAGAAAGUUUGAGCAGUUGCAGGUAGGGCCCAGGCAGAGUCUCCCUCGUCCUUCAUGUACCGGCCCUUGCAUGGUGUCCAAGGCUCUCUUGGCUCUGCCCCCUGCUUGCCCACUGCCUCUGUGCCUCACGUGUGGCCAAGCCAAACCCUGUUCUCCACCCACCAGUGUGGAGGAGCCAGGUAGUGCUCCGGGGAGCCCCUUCUGCCACUGGCACCAGGUGGGAGGGUUACGAGCCUGUUGGGCACCGGUGUUGGGACCUUUAAGGUAUCUCCAGGAACUCCUAGGCUGGCGCUCCCAGCUAAGGGACACAGGCGGGAGCCAUGCAGGUAUUACUCAAAAUCUUCUUUCAGCUUCUCCUCCUCACCAUUAACCUUAAAGGUAAAUCCCUCAGGUCCUGAUAGAUUUCCUUGUAUUCAGUUCAGUUGGCUAAAAAUGACACUGUGCUCAAUGCCUUAAUAAAUCCCUGAAGGAACUAAAGCUACUGUGUACAACCUUAAUGUGACCUUCCAUAGCCUGAGGCCCGUGGCUUCUCCCCAGUCAGGUAUAGGGCCCAGGUUGUGUGCUUGAGGUUCCAGACUCUCAGUCCCUCGUGGGGGGUGUUCAAGGCCACCAGGGAGGACAGUCACAAGGGAAGUGCUGAUGCAGGCAGGCAGGGCCUGUGCUGACCUGUGCUGGCAGGGGAAGCCCCAGCCUGCUCCAUAGGUCUAAGCGGCGUGGUUCUGGGCACAGCAAGUGUGUGCUCGGGCCUGGGCCACAGCCAGCAUGGGAGAUCAGGGGGCAGACUGUAGGGCCAUAGGCAGUGGCCUUGCAGCAGGAGUCACUAGUUGGUAUCCAGUGUCUGCUCCCCACACAGGGCUGCUCCUGCCUUUUAACUAAAAGACAAAUCUAUUUGUUUUUAAUGUAAGGUCUUUAUUAAGGCAUAAUUUGCAUGCCAUAAAAUUUUCUUGUUUUAAGUUCUAGUACUAUUUCUAGUAAAUUGACAGUUGCGCAACCAUCACUGCAGUUGAAUUUUAGAGUAUUUCUGUUGCCCCAGCAAGACCCCUCCUGCCUACAGGUGCUCAAUCCUUAUUUCCACCCCCAGCCCAGGCAACCUGUAGACUGCCUUCUGCCUGUAUAGAUUUUAUGGCUGAUUUUUAAGAUAACAACCUCUAUGGUUUUAUGUUAUUCACAACAGUUGGGUCACCAUCUCAAAGAAUGCAUCAAAACAACAGCAGGGAAACUGAAGUACUUUCUUAGCAACAACAAAGUCAUUAAUCAACAUAAUCUCUUUCCUAGUAUUUAUACAAACUGAACACAUGUUUUGCCAUAAAGUAAUUUCCAAGGAUUCUUACCAGAAAGACUAUGUUCUUGGCCACAUUGAAAUUAAAUAAAGCUAUACCUAAGAAUCCCACUCCUUUGGCAGUUUAAAGUCUUAAAUUGAUUGUGAUUAAUUAGGAAGUUUAAAUAACUUAGAAUUUGAUACAAGUUUUAUAUACCAUAUAUAAGUAUAAAUUUGAGAAUUUACGAAAGAAAUUAAAUAGAUGAGUAUAAAAGGAAUCUAGCCCUUUCAUGUGAUUAAAAAAAUGUAGUAUUUUCAUCUUUUUCAUUCAACCUGGCAUAAUACUAAAAUGUCUGACAGCAAGAACAGUAAAAUUAAACAAUACAUGGAUAACAUUUUAAAUAUAUUUGUUAUGUAAGUAAACAUAACUGUAUUUUAAAACUGCCUACCAAUUGCUACGUUGUCCCAAAGUAUUCAUCAAGUCAUUCUAAUAAUUUACAAGAAAAAUGUGCACAUGAAUUUUUAAAGGAUUACAUAUGUUUAUUGCAGAAAGGAAGAAAUGAUCGAAAAGUCAGAAAACAAUUUUUCCUUGUACUUAAGACCACUACUCAGUAUUGUGAUGUCUUCUUUUUUUCUGUGUUUAUCUUUUUUCAAAGUAGAACUCACACCAUAACAUGAAAAUUUCAUUCUUUCUCAUUAAGCAUAAACAUCCUCUGCAGACGCCCUAUACUCUCAGCCACAGUAACUCAAGUGUGUGGAAAUAAAGAUCACCCAAAUUAGAAGAGACUAUUUUCUUUCUCUGGUUGGCCUAAGAUGAUGAGGGGAGGCACAAAAUAGAGCAACUGGCAGUCAUC